GAGUUGGCCAAAGAGGAACAGUGCCAGUAGCUGCUCGAGCUGGGAAGAGAGAGGAACGAGCUUCGACGUGCGUCCUCCUGACCAGUUUCAUACUCGAGCAGAUCUACGCCGGCUGCUUCGUGUUCGCGUUGCAAAGAUUAGCUGAGGAACCUCCUGGUGAAGUAAGAGUUGCUGCAGUUCUUGCAGUAGGUGCCGCUGCUGCACACGGAUACAGUUGGUUGUACUCGUUUUGAUCUGAGCAAGAUGAGCCUACCCUGGACUCUUCUUCUAUGGGGUUUUUUACUGGUGCUGUGUUAUCGUUCAGCAGUACUGGAGGCUCGUGGAAUUAAUACCAGGGAAUGUCCGCAUAAGUGCAUGUGUCUUGCCAACACCGUGAGAUGCAUGUCUCAGAGGCUGACUCGUGUCCCCAGGAUACCGGACAAUGCUACCGUCCUAGAUCUGAGGGUCAAUAACAUCAUUGAACUGAGACCUGGCGAUUUUGACGGUCUAAAAGAAUUGCAUACGUUGCUACUGAAUGACAAUCAAAUAAAGCAGAUACGUGCUAAUACUUUUAAUGGACUUCCUAAUCUUAAGAUUUUGUAUCUUUAUAAAAAUCGUAUAGAGCACAUAGAGCCUGGUGCGUUCAGUCAUUUGCCAAAAUUGGAGCAUCUCUAUCUUCAUUACAAUAGAUUGACAGAGAUACGAAAAGGAACUUUUAAUAAUUUACCAGCCCUGGAGAGACUCUUUUUGCAUAAUAAUAAAUUGCAUCGUGUACCUUCCGAUGCUUUUCGCAAUGUCGGACCAAUGACUCGUCUACGACUUGACAGCAAUGCCCUUGUCUGUGACUGUGACAUUAUGUGGCUGGUGGAACGUCUCCAAGACCAACAUUCAGAAAUGGCUGCAGUAUGUCAAUUACCUACAGAGAUGAAAGGACGUUCCUUGGCGGGAAUGACAACCAAGGAUUUCCAUUGCAGCAAACCACGCAUCAUGGAGGGUCCUGCCGACGUGGAGACAAAAGUAGGCGAGACGAUUGUCUUCUCAUGCAGAGUAGUCGGUGAUCCGAAGCCGGAAAUCAAAUGGAUGAGGGAUUCCGAUGAGUUGAUCGUAGACGGUAACAGGUACGUCGUUCGUGAGGACGGUGCUUUGGUGAUCUCCGACGUGACGGAAAGCGACGAGGGCGAGUACGAGUGCAUCGCCAACAGCGAAAUGGGAUCUACAAAGUCAAGAAGAGCCAGGGCAAUUAUUACAGUCAGUCCUUCUUUACGAUUUACUGAAGUACCACAGUCGCAAAAGGUUCUUGUCGGUAGCGAAGUAGUCUUCGUCUGCAGGGCUGAUGCACAGUCACUGCCAAAUAUCCAGUGGUGGAGGAAUGGUCUGCAACUCGCUUCCGGCGGAAGAAUACUCAUCGAAGAUUCUGGGUCCACUCUGACGAUCCUAGCAGCUAAAGAAAGUGACUCGGCUCGGUACGUUUGCCAGGCCACGAGCUUGGAUGGUUUUGCAGAAGUUACUGCAGACUUGACUGUGAUCGUUGCUGAGUCCAAUCCACCUCGUCUCCUUUAUGAACCUCAGGAUAUGGAAGUUGAACCUGGUGUGACUGUCGAGGUACCUUGCAGAGCUGAGGGCAAUCCAAAACCAUUAAUACAAUGGAAGAAAGAUGGCAGUGCUGUCGAGGGCACCAGGUUUAAGAUAUCACGUGGAGGUAGCCUUUACCUGUACAAUGUCUCUUCUCAGGAUACUGGGAGGUAUGAAUGCUCUGCAGUGAAUGAAUUUGGUAGAGCCACUGCGCAGGCUCUUGUGAAGAUACGUCAACCUGGUGCAACAGACACAAUUAUUAGUCGAGCAUUUCAGGAGGCUACUGAAUCUAUCGACCGGGCAAUUAAUAAGACCCUAGAGUCACUCUUUAACCCAAAAGGACCACGUACGGCCGAUCCUUUCCGUCUGGCAAGAUUUCCUGAUGCGAUUGGUCGUGCAGCUGCAAGACCUGCUGAACUCUUUGAACGUACCAUGGUAAACAUCCGGAGACUCGUGAACGCUGGAGCUUCUGCCAAUACUACCCGGGAAUUUCGUUAUGAGGAAAUUCUCACUGCUGAUCAGGUAGCAGAGAUUGAAAGAUUGUCAGGAUGCACAGCACACAGACAUCGUAGCGACUGCUCCAAUAUGUGUUUCCAUAAUCGUUAUCGCACUAUCGAUGGGUCCUGUAACAACCUGCAGCACCCUACCUGGGGAUCAUCUUAUACUGGUUUCAGAAGGAUCUUGCAACCCAUCUACGAGAAUGGAUUCUCCAUGCCCGUAGGUUGGGAAAAAGGUCGCUUGUAUUAUGGGUAUCCAAAACCUGCUGCAAGACUCGUUUCUACCACUUUGAUAUCGACGCAUGAUAUCACCUCUGAUAGCACAAUCACUCAUAUGGUUAUGCAAUGGGGACAAUUUCUGGACCAUGAUCUGGACCAUGCUCUACCCUCUGUCACCAGUGAAUCCUGGGAUGGUAUAGACUGCAAGAAGUCCUGCGACAAUGCCGCACCCUGUUUCCCUAUGGAAGUUCCACCAGGUGACCCACGUAUAAACAAUCGACGUUGCAUAGAUUUCAUUAGGACCAGCGCUGUAUGUGGUUCUGGCGAGACUAGUUUACUAUGGGGCGGUUUAACCCCUCGUGAACAACUGAAUCAACUCACCAGCUACCUGGACGCAUCCCAGGUAUACGGGUACAACGAUGCUGUCGCUCAGGAUCUGCGGGACCUUACAACAGAUCGUGGACUUCUUCGCGAAGGUCCUUCUCUUCCAGGACGCAAAGCUUUACUUCCCUACGCAAACGGACAAUUUGUGGACUGUCGUCGGGAUCCUCAAGAGAGUUCAGUCAAUUGUUUUGUAGCUGGUGACAUAAGAGCCAAUGAACAAGUAGGUCUUCUAGCCAUGCAUACUAUAUGGUUGCGAGAACACAAUCGUAUAGCUCGUGCACUUUACGACUUGAAUUCUCACUGGAACGGUGAGAAAAUUUACCAGGAGGCACGCAAGAUCGUCGGUGCCGAGAUGCAGCAUAUCACGUACAGUCAUUGGCUACCUCUGAUCCUGGGAACAGAUACUGAUGAACUGUUACAGCCAUAUCAAGGAUACGAUCCAACAAUAGAUGCUAGUAUAGCUAAUGUCUUUGCCACUGCUGCACUCCGCUUUGGACACUCACUGAUUCAACCACGAUUAGAGCGACUAGACGAGUCCUUCCAAUCUAUACCCGAGGGUCCAUUGCAUCUGCGCGACGCAUUCUUCUCGCCGUGGCGUCUGGUCGAUGAAGGCGGCGUUGAUCCUCUUAUACGAGGAAUGUUCGCCACUGCUGCAAAACUCAAGCUACCUGAACAGAAUCUCAAUGUCGAGCUGACCGAGCAGCUCUUCCGCACGGCUCACGCCGUUGCCCUCGAUCUGGCCGCCAUGAACGUGCAGCGUUCCCGUGAUCAUGCUAUUCCAGGAUACCUGUCCUGGCGUCAGUAUUGCAACAUGUCCCACGUGGAAACCUUCGAGGAUCUCGCUAAUGAGAUCAGUGACAGAAAAGUGCGUCAGAAGUUGAGAGAACUCUAUGGACAUCCUGGUAACAUUGAUGUAUGGGUAGGUGGUAUUCUGGAGGAUCAGUUACCCAAUGCCAAAGUCGGUCCAUUGUUUCGGUGUCUUCUGGUAGAACAAUUCAAGAGGAUGAGGGAUGGCGACAGAUUUUGGUACGAGAAUCCAUCCUCGUUUCCUCCUGAACAAUUGGCCCAGAUCAAGCAGGUCACCCUGGCGAGGAUACUCUGCGACAAUGGUGACAAUGUUUCUCGUAUUCAACCUGAUGUUUUCCUCCUGCCUAACGACAAUAAUCCUUUGGGUGCUUGCAAUGGUAUCCCUACAGUGGAUCUACGGAUAUGGUCUGAUUGCUGUGAGAAUUGCGAGAAUCGCGGUAAUACUGUGUCACGAUUUAAACGUCAUAGUGCUGCAAAAUAUUCAGCUACGAAUAACUUGCAGCAGAAUGAUAUUCUCGACGAGAGUAACGAUUGCAAUGAUCUGAAAUGCUUUAAACAAUUGUUAAUUGAAUCUGAUAUGAAGACGAAGAAGUUAACGGAACAAGUUGGCGAAAUUUCGCGCCGGUUAGAGGAACUGAUGUUACGGUUGGAGGAAGUUCAGAAGUCUAAAUGAAUUUCUGUGGCCGGGCACCAUUUUUUUUAAAUGACCUCAUUGCGUUAUCGUUCACCAUUCAUGUAUUUUGCUUAUAUCGUUGUUAUCAAUCGUACGCGCAAUUAUUGUAUAUAUAUAUGCUUCGUUAUUUCAACGGUAUGUUCUUUCGUUUUAUAAACAUCUCCCAUGUUUAUGAUGGACAUUAUACUCCGGGAAUUCAUUGGCGAAUGUUAAGGCUAAACAAGUCUAUUUAGUAAAAUGAGUAAAAAUAUUAUGAGUAACGUUUAUGGACCAUCCAUUUGUUAAUGUCCCCAUUGAGGUACUUUACAUGGAAGUAUCUUGAAAAAACUCACAGAUUAGCAUUUAUUUGUUGUGUCAUGUGUUAUAUUUUCUAGUAUGUACAUAAAUAGGUUCUACAAUAGUAGACCGUCUGUACAUGAACAACUGCAUUGCAUUUAUUAGUUAAAGUUUAUAUUUGUCCUAUAAAUUUUGUAUGCUGUCCUUGAGCAAUGACACUCCCUUCAUCUUUCUUUCUAAGUUCCACUUCGAGAAAGGCCAAAGUCCUGCCGGCACGUAUAGUUUUAGCAUCCACUAUUACCACAUCGCCAGGAAAUGCUGCUUUCAUGAACCUGUGCCAUUAAUAACGACAAUGUAUAAAAUAAAUGUUAACAUUUAUUAAUAAACAGAUAUUUAAUAA